CUGUGAGAAAGAGUUUCUUGGGUAGUUGUCAUCUCCCACCUUGCAGGGACGAUUCACCCCAUUUCCUCUCCCUUGAUGUGAAGGGAGCACAAGGGCUUGGCCCCCUGCCCAACAGCAUUACCAGUAAACAGGGUUUACUGGUGGGGUGCCUUGGGGUUCAUCCCCACCUCGCACUGGUCAGCAGCUGUGGCCAAAGGGCUGGAGCCUUGGUCUGAGCACAGCUGCGAAAGGUUGGCCAUGUCCUUUUCCUGAUGGGGUUCCGGACGAUCCCUGACACAUAAAAACAGGCUUUGCACUCAGGGCUGCUGCUGCAGGAGCCACGACAGCAGGCCGGAAACCACCUCGGUCCAGCUGCAGCCUCGGCUGAGCAGCCCAUGCUCGGAGCUCAAUAAACUCCUCACCCCAAACCCAGGCUGCACGUCCAGGGCUGCAGCCAGCAGGAGCAGGAACGCUCUCCGUAGAUCUCCGUCUGCUUCUCACCCGCUGACAGAGGUGCUUCCAGCCCCUUCCUCACUGGGAAGCUGAGGAAGGGAGCGCAGUUUGUCCUGCUCCUGCGAGAAGAGGCAGAGAGAGCGGAGCGGCUGUAGCGGGCCCCCCCUUCCCCCGCGGCGGCUCCGGGAACCUCAUCCCCGCCUCUAGCCCGCCCCGCCGGGCUCGCCGGGACCGGAGUUGGCGAUCGGGAGCCCGGGGCAUUACGCCGUUCCCCCUACCUCUCCGCCUCAGUUUCCUCGCGGUGCCCGAUCGGGGCGGCCUCUCCCGAUCCCCGCCCCGGCCCCGGCCCCGGCCCCGGCCCGGUGCCGGCCCCCGCCCCGCAGCCGAGCAGCGCCCGCGGCCGCUGGGCCAUGGAGCUCAUCGAGUUGCGGGAUCUGCAGCCCGAGCCGCGGCCGGGCCGGGGCCGCCUGGAACGAGCCAACGCGCUGCGCAUCAGCCCUGCCCGCCGGCCCGGCCCCGGGGCGCAUCCUGACCCGCGGCUGACGGCGGCACCGGGCGCCGGGCACCGCUUCGAGCCGCGGCGCCGCGGGCUGCACACCUGGUGCGAUCUCUGCGGGGACUUCGUCUGGGGCGGCGGCAGGAAGAGCCUCCAGUGCCGCCACUGCAGCUUCACCUGCCACUACCGGUGCCGGGCCCUGGUGCGGCUGGACUGCAGUGGCCCCCCAGGUGCUGGUGACGAGGAGGAUGGCAACGAGCAGGUGUUGGAGAAGGACACCAACGUGGAUGAGCCCAGCGAGUGGGAGAAGACAGAGCUGGACCAGGCGCAGGUGGAGCAGCGGAUCAAGGAGUACAACAGCCAGAUCAACAGCAACCUCUUCAUGAGCCUGAACAAGGACGGCUCCUACACCGGCUUCAUCAAGGUGCAGCUGAAGCUGGUUCGCCCUGUCUCCGUGCCGGCCACCAAGCGGGUCCCCUCCCUGCAGGCGGGGCGACCGCACCCCCAGGGGGUGAAGCGCCGCACGUCCUUCUACCUGCCCAAGGGGACCGUCAAGCACCUGCACAUCCUUUCGCACACCCGCGCCAGCGAGGUCAUUGACGCCCUCCUCCGCAAGUUCACCGUCAUCGACAACCCCCGAAAGUUCGCCCUCUUCGAGAGGUCUGAGAAGGAUGAGCAAGUGUACCUGCGGAAGCUGAGUGACGACGAGCAGCCCCUGCGGCUGCGGCUGCUGGCCGGCCCUAGCGAGAAGGUGCUGAGUUUCAUCCUGAAGGAGAACGAGACCGGAGAGGUGAACUGGGACGCCUUCACGCUGCCGGAGCUGCACAACUUCCUGCUGAUCCUGCAGCGGGAGGAGGAGGAGCACGUGCGGCGGCUGCGGCACCGCUACGCGCGCUGCCGCCAGAAGAUGCAGGAGGCGCUGGCCACGCGCACGCCAGGGUGACCGCGACACGUACGCCCGAGGCCAGCCAGUGCAGCAGGAGCCUCGCCCGCCGGCGGGUGGGGGCACCAGGGAGGGGGGUGGAACGGGGCACCACGGACCCACCGGGCUGUCAAAGCCCCCAUGGGGCUGGCCCAGAGAGUGAGGGUUCCUGGUGGGAGCGAGAGCGAGUGUCACCCGCGAGUGGGUAUCCCCAGGGAGCGUGUGUCCUGGGGGGAACGAGUGUACCCUGGGGGAUUGGGUGUCCCCAGGGGAAUGGGUGUCCCCAAGAGAGCGUGUGUACCCUGGAGGAUUGCGUGUCCCCAGGGGAAUGGGUGUCCCCAAGAGAGCGUGUGUACCCUGGGGGGAUUGCGUGUCCCUAGGGGAGUGGAUGUCCCCCAGAGAGCGUGUUUCCUGGGGGGAGCAAGUGUCACCUGGGGGAUUGUGUGUCCCCAGGGGAGUGGGUGAUAUGGGGGGAGCGAGUGUCCCCGGAGAAGUGAGUGUCCCUGGGAAGAGCAGGGCAUCAAUCACCAAUAAAGGCAUCUUGGUGACGAG